CUGGGAGUGUUUCCCAUUUAAACAAACACGGUACUGCCGAAGAUGGCGGAGAGUUUGUAGAGGCGUUCAAGAAACUGCUGUAGUCAAUGAAAGCGCUGAAGCCGGAGAUGUUGAGACAUUGAAAUCACACUUGACCCUGAAUGGAGUUUACCUGGGGCUUGUACUGGCCAAGGUGCUGAUAUGCGCUGAAGAUGAGUGGCAUAGGAGACAACUCGUUGGAGCCGCUGUGCUCUGACCGCAAACGUAAACUGUCCACCUGUGACACUCCGGGUUUGGGGUGUGACAAGCGGCGGAGGGAACAGGAGAGCAAGUACAUCGAGGAGCUGGCCGAGCUCAUCUCUGCCAACCUCUCCAACAUUGACAGCUUCAACGUCAAGCCUGACAAAUGUGCCAUCCUCAAGGAGACCGUGAGGCAGAUCAGACAAAUCAAAGAGCAAGGAAAGAGCUCUUGCAGUGAUGACGAUGUUCAGAAGGCGGAUGUUUCCUCCACUGGUCAAGGGGUCAUUGACAAGGACCAUCUGGGACCACUGCUCCUCCAGGCCUUGGAUGGCUUUCUGUUCGUGGUCAACAGAGAGGGCAGCAUCGUGUUUGUGUCUGACAACGUAACGCAGUACCUGCAGUACAAGCAGGAGGAGCUGAUCAACACCAGUGUGUACAACAUCAUCCACGACGAGGACAAGGAGGAGUUUCACAAGAACCUCCCCAAGUCUAACGCUCCAAAUGGAGCACCUUGGGGUGGAGACGCGCCCCGUCAGAAGAGCCACACUUUCAACUGCCGCAUGCUGGUGAACUCAGUUCAUGGCCAGAGCCAUGGGUUGUCAGAGGAGAGGUCCGGGGGGCAACGCUAUGAGACCAUGCAGUGUUUCGCACUCACCCAGCCACGAGCCAUGAUGGAGGAGGGAGAUGAUUUGCAGUCCUGCAUGAUCUGUGUGGCGCGGCGCAUCGCUGCAGUGGAGCGGACGGAGAGGUUUAGCACUCGCCAUGAACUGUCUGGUAAGCUGAUUGAAAUUGAACAGCAGAGCUCUCUUCACACCACGAUGCGUCCCGGCUGGGAAGACCUGGUCAGACGCUGCGUGCAGAUGUUCCUGCAUCGAAGCGAAGGGCAGCCGUGGUCAUUUAAACGCCAUUAUCAAGACGCUUUCCACAGCGGCCAUGCGGAGACGCCGCUCUAUCGCUUCUCGCUGUCAGACGGCACUCCAGUUACAGCCCAGACGAGAAGUGACCUCUGCAGGAAUCCCAACACCAACGAGCCUCACUCCUUCCUGUCCACACACUUGUUACAGAGGGAGCACAACAGUUAUCGUGGGAACCAAGGUGGCGGCAUGAGGCCACAGAACAUGGCUGUGAACAACCCCAACCAGCAGAUGAACAUGGGCCCCGGAGGCGGCAUGGGCAUGAACCGGGGCUACGGCAUGGCCGAGCAAGGCAGCAUGCCACAGAGGGGAGUGCCUCCCUACUCUGGUGGCAACCGCAUGAAUCCCAUGAACCAGAUGAAUCAAAUGAAUGCCAUGCACCAGAUGAACCCCAUGAAUCAGAUGAACAGCAUGCAUCAGAUGGGUCAGAUGAAUCAGAUGAAUCAAAUGAACUCCGUGCACCCGAUGAACUCUCCCAUGAACUCCAUGAACCAAAUGGGAAGCAUGAACCAGAUGAAUCAGAUGAGCCACCAUGGCAUGCAUCAGCAUCAGCAUCAGCAUCAGCAGCACCAGCACCAGCAGCACCAGCAUCAGCAGCAGAUGGGCCAGUUCCACGGACCUGGAGGUGGAGGUUACGGCAUGGGGAUGACCAGUCCUCCACAGGCCAGUCCGGGGAUCAACGGCCCUCCUCACAACGUCAUGGGCUCCCCCAGGGUCCGAGGGAGCCCCAAGACGGGCGCCAGCCCGUUUUCUCCUGGAGGUAUGAACUCUCCCAUGAGCUCCACCCACACAGGGAACUCUGGAGGUGGAGGGAGCGCCACCUUCUCCAGCAGCUCGCUGAACGCUCUCCAAGCCAUCAGUGAGGGAGUGGGUAAUCCGAUGCCCUCGCCGCUCACCUCUCCCCCUCCUCACAAGCCCGACAGCUCCCCAAGCAUCAACUCCACCAAUCAGACGGCAGGAGGGCCCUGUAAGCCGGGACUACCCACCUAUUCGGACUCCAAAAGCCCGGGCGGGUCACUUGGCGCCGGCGGAGAGCAGCAGUCUCAGCAGCACCCGCCACACACGCCCAGCAGCGAGGGUCCUCCAGACAAGCCCGACAGCCAAGCAAGCAGGGAGGGGGGUCCGCCCGGCGGAGAAUCCACCCGGCGGGUUCCCGAGUGCCACAAGAAGCUCCUGCAGCUCCUCACCUCCCCGACAGAUGAGCUGGUGCCACCGACUCACACACCAAACUCCGGGCCCAGCUCCACGCCCGAAGCCAAGGACGGAGCCGCCGGCGUCACCAGCCCCUCCUCCUCCACUGGAGUGUCCUCGUCCACCAGCGGGAACCACAGCUCCGUGUCCUCCUCCGCCGCCACGGGACACCUAACCAGCCAGUCUCUGCAGGAGAAGCACAAGAUCCUCCACAAGCUCCUCCAGAACGGGAACACUCCGGACGAGGUGGCCCGCAUCACGGCCGAGGCCACCGGGAAGAGCAGCCUGGACUCUGGCGCCGCGGAGCCCGGAUCCGCAGCCGCCGCGGGAGGACGAGGACCGGAGGCAAAGCAGGAGCAGCACAGCCCCAAGAAGGAGAAGCCUCACGCCCUGCUUCACUACCUCCUCAAUAAAGACGACUCAAAGGAGGCGGGUGACAUGAAGCCAAAGCUGGAGGAUUUGGAAGGGAGAGGAGCUCAGGGGUCAAGGGUCAGCAGCUCUGACCCUCACUGUAUGGAUGGCAAGGUCAAGCUGGAGCCGUCCGAUGAGACGGAGACUCUGGAGUCUAUUCUGGGAGUGCCGAGGAACAACUCCGGCUUUUUCCCCGAACCAGAUUCCAGGGCUGGAAAGGAAAUGGCAAACAAACCGGGGAAUAAUCCGGACAGCUUACAUGAUGGAGACAGAGUUCCCAUGCAUCCAGGGCAGCGUGCUGCCUAUCAGAGAGCCCUCUCCAUGGACGCCAAGCCCAUGGGGCCAGAGGUGGCUUUAGGAGGUGGGCUGGCUACGAGGAGGGGCGUUCCCAGUCCAACACUGGUCAAACAAGAAAACAUGGACACACCAAUCCGACCUGGACCGGUCCCCAAUGGCUUUCCCGGAGGGAUGGGGGUGUGUCCGCCGAGGGGAAAUCCAACAAGAGGAAUGGGCAGAGGCAUGGGGAUCCACCAGCGCCCUCCCAUGGCAGGGCCCGGUGAGUGGGGCAUGCCAAGGCCCAGCGGAAACCCCGUGGCUGGACCCGGACACCCGGGUAUGGGUCGCUCCGGCCCAAUGGGAGGAGGGCCCAUGAUCAACCGAUCCAACAGCGCUCCUGCAAACAGCAGGUCCAUGCUGCAGCAGCAGCUCAUGGAUAUGGGUCCUAAUGAAGCUAAUAUGGGCAUGAGCCCCUUUGGAGGACACGGACCUCCGCCUCAGUCCCCCUCCUGGCCUGACUCCGCCAUGGGAAUGGACAGACCACAGACGAACACCAACAGGGACCAGUUUGCACACCCCUUGGAUGAGCUUCUGGGACCCCUAACCAAUAGCGAGGGCCCAAGUGACGAGCGUGCGCUCCUGGACCAGCUGGACUCGCUGCUCAACACCGCCGACGUCAUUGCUCUGCAGGAGAUCGACCGCGCCCUGGGCAUUCCUGAGAUCGUCGGCCAGGGCCAUGGACCUGAAGGCCACCACCAGGGUCAGGAUCAAGGUCAGGGGCCGUGCCCUCCAUCAGAACCGUUCCCCGGGCCAGACUCCUCCAUUGGCCUGGACCAGAAAGCCAUGUACGGUCAGGGCUACCCCGGACCCCCAGGACCUCCCUCCAUGAACAUGCAGCCGGGCUACGGGGGCAACGCAAUGCAAGGCCAGGCUCCCGGAGGCUUCAGCCCCAUGAUGAACCAGAUGGGCCAGUCGGGCGGCUUCCCCAGCAUGCCCGGCAUGGCUGGAAUGGGAAACCCCCGCGCCAACAUGACGAGACCCCGCAUGAUGACCGCCACCAAACCGCUCCGACUGCAGCUUCAGCAAAGGCUGCAGGGACAGCAGUUUAUGAAUCAGACCAGACAAGGCAUGAAGAUGGAAAAUGCCCCGGUGGGAAACCCCGCCAUGCGCCCGGGUAUGCAGCCCGGCAUGCAGGCUGCAGGCAUGAGCGGCCAGCCCGGCUUCCUGAAUGCGCAGAUGAUGGCUCAGCGCAGCAGAGAGAUGAUGACCAUGCAGAUGAGGAGGCACAGGAUGAUGAUGCUGAUGCAGCAGCAGCAGCAGCAGCAGCAGCAGCAACAGCAGCAGCAGCAGCAGCAGCAGCAGCAGCAGGGUCAGGGGGCAGCAGGAGGCUUCAGCCCUCCUCCUAACGUCACUGCACCGGGAGGCAUGGACAGCCCCAUGGGAGGCCCCCCCAUGACCCAGCCUGGACAGCAGGCCUUCAACUACGGAGGUAACUAUGCAAUGAACCAGCAGGGGGACCCGUCCUUCAUGGCCCCGGGGAGCAGCCCGCCAGGAAACAUGAUGCAAGGACGAAUGGGAGUUCCUCCGCAGAACAGCAUGAUGCCCGGGAUGCAGGGGAACCCACAGGGAGGACACAUGUACGCCGGUGCAGACAUGAAAGGCUGGCCACAGGGCGGGAUGCCGCGAAACACCUCGUACCCCCAGCAGCAGUUCCCCCAGCAGGGCAAUCAGGGCCAGUUUGGAUCCAUGAUGAUGAAUAACUCCAUGGGUGGCCCCGGGCCGGUGGGCGGCGUGGGCGCCGGGCAGAUGCCAGGACAGAUGCAGGGCCAAAUGGCCAUGAAUCCGAUGGGAAUGGGGAGAAUCCCGAUGGGACCCGAUCAGAAGUACUGCUGAGCACCUGCUGGCAGAAUCCGGCUGCAGCAGAUCGAACUGGACCUGGAGAAGAGCUGGACACACACACACACACACACACACACACACUCACACCUUGACCCAUACACACACAGUGGGAGUGUUUCCCUGUCAGGAAUGUGACACAGAAGACUCAGAACAACACGCCAAUGGCCUCGGAGGACGAGGGAUUCAGCAACUUUGAGAUUAUCGGAAAGCUUCUGAACAUACAUAUACAUGAAAAAGCGGAGUGUGUGUGUGUGUGUGUGUGUGUGUGUGUGUGUGAGUGUAUUUGUGUGUGUUCAGACGGCUGACCCGAGGCUGCGAGGCAGUAUUCAGCAUCACGGCCAGGCUGGGGAGCAGGACUACGGUACAUCUGGCUGUGGCUGCACUUUACCUGAAGGCUUCUGUUGGGGCGAGGACAAACAAAAAAAGAUGGAUGCAAUAUUUCUUCAUCAUUACAGCCUUACUAGAGAUUCAAUGCCUUCACAACAAUGGGUUGCUUUUCUUAUGUUUUUUGAUAGGUCUCGUUCUGAAAGGUAAAAGCACACAGCUGUUAUGUUAUGCAGAUGAAAGCAAUAACUCUUGCCUCUAUGCUUUAGACUGUAUCUGAGCAUCCUAAUCCCAGUUGAACGCAAACAAACAAAUGGUACUGCAGUAUUAGAUGUCUCAACUGUCGUCUGUGAAUAUGAAUUGUAAAUAUUUUACAAAAUAUAUCAAACCUGCUUUUUAAAGGCCCAUUCUUGCACAAAUUAUGAGACCUGGUUGUAUUUUUGUGUCCCAUAGGUCAAUACAGUCUUUUUUUUCUUUUCUUUUCUUUUUUUUUUUUUUAAUGCUUUAGGAUAUUUUUGGGUUGCUGUUCCCUUUGUUCCUCAUGUUCUGAAUGCUUUUAAGUGUCCAAAAGAAGAAAAAAAGUUCUGUCUUUUAUGUUGUAGCAAGGCACUUUUUUUACAUGUGUGUCCGAUGUGCGGACGCGAUCAAACCUGAACGCCAUCGGAUGUUUUCACGGACCGGGCCGGGACUCGAGGGCCCUGAAUCGGUAACGUGGGUCUGGUUUUCCCCGGACGGCCGCCCGGCCCUGCCUGUGUUCCCCCUCCUCUCCCCACAGCUCCGCCCCUCCACUGUGUUUUUAGCCACAACGCGUUCUUUUGACUGUUAUCGACUCGCUAAAUCUACCUUUUCAACAUGCGCAAUCCAAAGAUAUUUUUCCAUAUCUGUGUAUAGUUUUUGGAGGUUUCUGGUGUACAUUUUUUAAUAUGUUAUAUUAUUCUAAUGGUAAAUGGGUACAUAUCAUGGAUCUGUAAAAGCAUAGGACGGUGUGCGGACAUGGGAUGGAUUGUUCCACAGUGGAAAGUUAUCAGGACUGGAAAAACCCACAGCAGCAACUUUUUACCUUUUUCUUUUUGUUUGUUUUAUUAAAGCAUGUUUUGCUGUGAUUGAGACCUACCAAUGGAAUGAAAUCCACUCUCAGACAUAUCAAUAUCUCAUCUAUUUUUCAGGAAACAACUCCAUUUUAUGUCCACUUUUUGUUACUUCAGGAACAAGCAUAAGGUUG